UUUACAAAGUAAUUUAGUUCCUUAAAUAAUGACACAGAUUGAGGAGAAUGCCGACAGCGAAAGCAAGUCCGAAGCCGCUGUUUUGCCAACUCAGCUUGUGGAUAUAUUCAAAGCAUUGGCUGAGAAUGCCAACAUCGUUUUUAAGUCUCAACAAAUCGAUGAUCCCGAGCUGAGCAUUUGCGAGAAGCAACAAAUUGCACAGGAUGCGUAUCAUAAAAAUCGAGAGAACUUUUUGAUUCGUUUUGGCAGCUAUCUGAAUGAGCAACAGUUGAGCGACUUUCAGGCAAUGGGCGUCCAGGAGCCCGUCAAACCCGACGAGAGUCUGGAAGAUAUUUGCCUGCUUCUGGAAGAUUUCAAACGCAAACUGCACACACGGACGGUGUGCGUCAAGAAUAGACGUUACCAUGCCAUGCAGCAGCUGCUGCAGAAAGGCGAGUACUUUAGCGAGCACGAAAUGAUGCAGCGGGCACCAGAGCUGUACCAGGAGCUAAUCGGUCAAUACUUGACAGAGGCGGAGAAGAAAGUACGCGACAGCUACGAUGUCCGAAAUACCAGUUUCUCUGGCAUACUGAUGCACUCGCUGGAGCAAAAGCAGCGUGACGAACUGCUGCAGCAAGUUGAGCCCAGCACGGAGACAGAGGUGCAGGCGUUGCCGGAGUCCAGCAUAGAUUGCGAAGUGCCUGACGCAUGUCGCAAACAAUGGGGCGGCUUCGAUGAUGACGAACCUGUGGCUUGUUCCACAAGUCGCAACAUUGAAGCACAACCUCUAAACAGGAUCAAUAGAAUAACAACACCCGAGUACUAUAAUCCUGCGGAGCGCGAGCGGUUGCGUAAUGAGUUUAUGGGUUUAAUGAAGGAACGCUUUCUCAGUGGCCAGGACAAAGAUUUUGAUUACACGGCUGUCGAUGACAACGUCCUGCUGGAUGAUUUGAAGCAAAUAGAACGCGAUGAAGAGGAUGCCUAUUUUAACUGCAGUGAUGAUGAUGAUAAUAACGAUAAUGGUGCAUUCGCAAUAGAUAAACAGUCUCCCAGUGGUGAUGAUGGCGAGGAUGAGCUGGAUGUUUAUAUGCGGCAUCUAAACAAACACCACAGUUUGCAGCAUUAGUAUUUAUUUUUAGCUUUAAUCCUAGCAUUAUAAGGAGCACAAUGACAUAAGAAUAUUGUCUCUUAAACUUGAGAUUAAUCCCGCAGAAUUGUGUACAUUAAAUUGUGGACGUAGAUUAU